CCUCUCUCUCUCUCUCUUCUUCUUCACGCGCGCACACAUGCAGAGCCAAUCAGGCGCGCGGUAACAGAACACACGCGCGGCGCGAGACGCUCGGAGCGGCUGUCUGUCAUCAGCUGAGAGGGAAGCGACACGAGGACCGGAGGAGUGAGGGGGUGGGGGGGCCACGCGUGAAAAUAAAAUAAAACAAAAUAAAAACAUGAGCGGUCACUUAGAGGAAGAGCUCCAGGAGCGCGAGAGGAAGAGCAAGUCCCCCACGCUGCUCUCCUCCUACUGCAUCGACAGCAUCCUGGGCCGCCGCAGCCCCUGCAAGCUCCGGCUCGGCCCGCACAACCUCCCGCUCCUGCCCGGCAGGGGGGAGGCGCCCGACGGGCCGACCAAAGAGCCCCUGUCCCUGGGCGCCGACAUGCACCUGCCCCCCAAGCUCCGCCGGCUCUACGGACCCGGAGGGAAGUACCUGCACGAGCACGCGGAGAAGCUGGAGCGGGAGCGGCUCCUCGUGGAACAAGCCGCCGACGGGCUGAAGAUCAGCCAGGCGCCGCAGGUGAGCAUCAGCCGCAGCAAGUCCUACCGGGAGAACGCCUCCCUGAGCCGGGGCGAGGGCGAGCAGAGCCCCGGGGGGGCCUCGGAGGACGGCGGCCUCGCGCUGGUGGAGCUCGGGCCGCUCAAGUUCGAGGAGGACGCCGGGAAGGAGGAGGAGAGCUGCGGGGACGCGGCCGCGCUGUCCCCGAAGGACGAGGAGCGCGAGAGCUUGACCGCCGGGGACGGGGACGUGCGUGACGGGGAGGACAGCGUGUGUCUGUCCGCGGGCAGCGACUCGGAGGAGGGGAUGCUGAAGAGGAAGCAGAGGAGAUACAGGACCACGUUCACCAGCUACCAGCUGGAGGAGCUGGAGAGGGCCUUCCAGAAGACGCACUACCCGGACGUGUUCACCAGAGAGGAGCUCGCCAUGCGUCUGGAUCUCACCGAGGCCCGCGUGCAAGUUUGGUUCCAGAACCGCAGGGCCAAGUGGAGGAAGCGUGAGAAGGCCGGGGUGCAAGCCCACCCCUCGGGCCUGCCGUUCCCAGGCCCGCUCGCAGCAGGCCAUCCUCUCAGCCACUACCUGGAGGGGCCCUUCCCUCCCCACCCCCACCCAGCCCUGGAGUCCGCCUGGACGGCCGCUGCAGCCGCGGCUGCCGCCUUCCCGGGCCUGGCUCCGCCGCCUCACAACAGCUCGGCUCCCCCCCUCGCAACCCCGCUGGGCCUGGGCACCUUCCUGGGCACGGCCGCCAUGUUCCGCCACCCCGCUUUCAUCGGACCCACUUUUGGCAGGCUUUUCUCCAGUAUGGGGCCCCUGACGAGUGCUUCCACCGCUGCGGCUCUGCUCCGACAGCCCGCGCCCCCCGUAGAGAGCCCCUCGCACGCCGGCCCCGUCCUCCCCGACCCCUCGUCGUCUUCCUCCUCCUCGUCCUCCUCAGCGGCGGUGGCGGACCGCCGGGCCUCCAGCAUCGCGGCGCUGCGCCUCAAGGCCAAGGAACACUCGGCUCAGCUCACGCAGCUCAACAUCCUGCCCACCGGAGCUGCAGGGAAGGAGGUGUGCUGAACGCACGACACCUGCCCCCCCAUUCCAUCACCACCCCUCUGGAGGCUGACGCCCCCCCACCCCAUGUUCCCCAACAAAAAGCACGACCAAAUGCAGCAGAUUGUGUCUGAUAAUUACAUCAUCCUGACAAGAACGUUCAAAAUAUACAUUUAUAGAUUUUUCUAAAAUUUAUCGACACCCCCCCGUUUGAUUUAAUUCUUGCUUUUACGUUAGUAAAACUAAUUAUCUUUUAACUCCUGCAUCACGUUUUGCUCCAUCACUCAUGGAAACUGAACAUUUGAUUUAUUUUACUCCAACAUGCUUCGUGUGGGUUGAGCUGGUUUUAACAAAAGGCGAGACGUAGGACCCCCCCCCCCCCACACACACACACACACACCUCCUGAACCAAAGGAAAAUGUCCAUAGACCUUCCACAAGCCUUCUCUGACUCGUCUCCUGCUCGUCCGUCCGGCAGCACCUGAAUAGUUUGAACACGAUGCAACUCUUCAGCGCAGACUCCAGGAGGUCGAGCAGCCGAGACACAAAGACCUGACUGUGAGAGAAAACUGUAAAUACUGUGCAGAACACACAAAAAAACAAGAGUGGGGUUCAAAAAGAUGCUUUUCAAAACCAACGUCGUGUUUUGAUGAUUCGCACUCGCUGUAGUGUGUCGCCGAAUGUGUAGAAUUCCACCUGUGUUUAUGAAUUAUUAGGUUUUUAGAUAAUUAUUUAUGUCAAGGGCAAGUUAAGUGAAG